CUCCUCCUCCUGGGCAAGCUCCCCACUUCAGGAAGGUAGAGCUGCCGCCAAGGACAAGGGAAAAAUGCCACGCAAGAUAGAAGGCUUCUUGUUAUUACUUCUCUUUGGCUAUGAAGCCACACUGGGAUUAUCAUCUACAGAGGAUGAGGGCGAGGACCCCUGGUACCAAAAAACAUGCAAGUGUGAUUGCCAAGGAGGAACAAAUGCUCUGUGGAAUGCAGGCGCUACCUUAGACUGCAUACCAGAAUGCCCAUAUCACAAGCCCCUGGGUUUUGAGUCGGGGGAGGUCACACCAGACCAGAUCACCUGCUCCAAUCCGGAGCAGUAUGUGGGCUGGUAUUCCUCAUGGACUGCAAACAAGGCUCGGCUCAACAGUCAAGGCUUUGGGUGUGCGUGGCUCUCCAAGUUCCAAGACAGCAGCCAGUGGUUACAAAUAGAUCUGAAGGAGAUCAAGGUGAUUUCAGGGAUCCUUACCCAGGGGCGCUGUGACAUCGAUGAGUGGAUGACCAAGUAUAGUGUGCAGUACAGGAGUGAUGAGAGCCUGAACUGGAUUUACUAUAAGGACCAAACUGGAAACAACCGGGUCUUCUACGGAAACUCAGAUAGAAGUUCCACAGUCCAGAACCUGCUGCGGCCCCCCAUCAUUUCCCGCUUUAUCCGCCUGAUCCCACUGGGCUGGCACGUCCGCAUUGCCAUCCGCAUGGAGCUGCUGGAAUGCGUCAGCAAGUGUGCCUGAUGCCUGCCUCAGCUUGGCCCUGCCACAGGGUGGAUGGGUAUGGGAGGGACCUUUUUUUUUUUUUUUGGUACCCGGGAUUGAAC